CCAGGCUGCGAUCCAAGCAGGUCAGCCACAGGGUUGUUGUUGUUUUGCCCAUAGUAGGGGCUUCUCUGGACUUCUGAUCGGCAGGCCUAAGUCGGGAUUCUUAAUGAAGUCCGUCGAUUGGCUGGAGGGCCGAUCUCGUGAGGAGGGCAACGCGAUAAAUAUACUGCUUCGGUGGGCGACGUGGAACUGGUGCAGAAGGGUGUUUGUUACAGUGAUGCCGAAACGUGGGAAAAAGGGAGCGGUGGCAGAAGACGGGGAAGAGCCCAAGAUUGAGCCAGAGGCCAAGAAGAGCAAGGCGGGAGCAAAAAAAAAUGAAAAAGAGGCAACAGGAGAGGGGGCAGUCAUGUAUGAGGACCCCCCAGAUCAGAAAACCUCACCCGGUGGCAAAUCAGCCACACUGAAGAUCUGCUCCUGGAAUGUGGAUGGGCUUCGAGCCUGGAUUAAGAAGAAAGGUUUAGAUUGGGUAAAGGAAGAAGCCCCAGAUAUCCUGUGCCUCCAAGAGACCAAAUGUUCUGAGAACAAACUACCAGCUGAACUUCAAGCACUCUCUGGACUGUCCCAUCAGUACUGGUCAGCUCCUUCAGACAAGGAAGGGUACAGUGGUGUGGGCCUACUCUCCCGCCAGUGCCCACUCAAAGUCUCCUAUGGCAUUGGUGAAGAGGAACAUGAUCAGGAAGGCAGAGUGAUUGUGGCUGAAUAUGAUGCAUUUGUGCUGGUGACAGCCUAUGUACCUAAUGCAGGCCGGGGUCUGGUGCGCCUGGAGUACCGGCAGCGCUGGGAUGAAGCCUUUCGCAAAUUCCUGAAGGGUUUGGCUUCCCGCAAGCCCCUUGUGCUAUGUGGGGACCUCAAUGUGGCUCAUGAAGAAAUUGAUCUUCGCAACCCAAAGGGAAACAAAAAGAAUGCUGGCUUCACUCCAGAAGAGCGUCAGGGCUUUGGGGAAUUGCUGCAGGCUGUGCCACUGACUGACAGUUUCCGGCACCUCUACCCCAACACGGCCUAUGCCUAUACCUUUUGGACAUACAUGAUGAAUGCGCGAUCCAAAAACGUUGGUUGGCGCCUUGAUUAUUUCUUAUUGUCUCACUCUCUGUUGCCUGCUUUGUGUGACAGCAAGAUCCGUUCCAAGGCUCUGGGCAGUGACCACUGUCCCAUCACCCUAUAUCUAGCACUGUGACACCUCCCCCAAAUCACUCUGAGCCUGGGAAAUAAGCCCACUAAACUAGCUUUAAAAUUCUUACUCCCAAGCUUUAAAAACUGCUCUCUAGAGAAAUCUGUACUGUUAUUUCCCUUCUAAACUAUGACUCCUUUAACCAGGCUUCUAGAAACAGACUUAAGUUCUCCACGAUUUGUGUGUGUGUGUGUUGGGGGGGGGGUUCUUUUUUUUUUUUACAUUAAACAAAAGCUACUGAUGACUUCCUUUGAACUGUCGAUGUGAAAAUAAAGAGUCAUAGUUUCA